UUCUCGUUCCUUGGCCAGCACAGAAAACCCCUUGCCGUGAAAAUUUUCGUGUUUCUACUCGCGCGAAUACCGAGGAAAAACUUCGUCAUCUAUCGAUUUCGUGGUCGUCGCCCACUGAUCACCAAGUAAAGAUCCUAUCGAACAAAAAGUAGCCGUCCGGGAACGAACCAGCAAAGUGCCGCAAGCAAAGCAAAAAGGUGGUUCCACAGCACAGAGCGACCUGCAAAGAACACUCUGGAGCAUCGUGCUUUGUCAAAGAAUUGGUCGCUCGACAACGCUAACCGCGGAGGGGCGUGCUGAAUCUGGGCAAAACAGGCAACCGAUCCGUAGAAUUUCCGUCGGGAAGGAGAGUACUCGGUUUUGUGUGCCAUUCGCAGCGGGUUUACGGCAGAAGGUCCCGCAGAACGAAAUAGCGUAGCGAAGCGGCGCCAGGAAGCGAAAUAAUUAAACAAAUAUGGCUGCUCUGCCGCGUAGAAUAAUUAAAGAAACGCAACGUUUGAUGCAGGAGCCCGUGCCCGGUAUUAGCGCCAUCCCAGACGAUCAGAAUGCACGCUAUUUUCACGUCAUCGUGUUCGGCCCUGAAGAUUCACCGUUCGAGGGCGGCCUGUUUAAGCUCGAACUGUUCCUUCCCGAGGACUAUCCCAUGUCUGCGCCGAAGGUGCGAUUCAUAACAAAGAUCUACCAUCCAAACAUCGACCGUCUCGGGCGGAUCUGUUUGGACAUUUUGAAAGACAAGUGGAGUCCGGCGCUGCAGAUCCGCACGGUGCUGCUCUCGAUUCAGGCGCUGCUCAGCGCCCCCAACCCAGACGAUCCGCUGGCGAACGAUGUUGCGGAACUUUGGAAGGUGAACGAAGCCGAAGCAAUCAGAAAUGCGAAAGAGUGGACACAACGAUACGCGAACGUCGACAAUUAAAUAGUCGGUGGAGCAUCGUUUCGUUUGUCCCUCCCCCACGCCCUUCCCUCUUUCCCCUCUAUCGAUUACUAUGAUUACUUUAAAAUGCCCGACAAGAACGCACGACGUGCACGAUAUAACUACACGCCGCAGCCGCAGCCGCAGCCACAACCGACGCCUCCAAACCUUUUCUCAAAGCUCGUCGCAUAUCCCCCAAAUCUGAAGGCUUCAGAGAAUAACCGCAAACAUCAACGCGAUUUACUGUGUUUGUGCGUGUGUUACGCGUGUGUUUGUGCGUGUGUACGUGUGUGUAUAAUGAAAAAGUUAGACUUCAAUAUCGAAUCGAUCUUCGAAACAGCAGAAACUGCUAAAAUGAUGUCCUAGGCGCGAUGCGAUAAGCAAGGAUCCCGGUUGGGAGGGUGGAGAUGACACCGCCCGUCAGCGAGAACAUAUCUUCUGCCGUCUAUCAUCCUAGCAGACCAGCGCUAAUGUAUAACAAUGGAGGGUACGAGUGAAUCCAAUUUCAAGAAUUUCGUCAUCAUGGCACAUAAAACACGUAACAAUGCCUGGCAAUCGCUGCUUGAACCGUUUCGGAGCUUACAGCAAACCGGUCUACGUACAUCGGGGAAAUAGAACGACCAUCAACGCAAAUCAUCGAUGGUAUCAUCGUAAGUUAUCCAAGGAACCGGUGCAACUAAUUGGGUCGUGUAAUAUCCAAGAUUAAGAUGGGGAGUUUCGGAGAAUGAUGAAAAUUCAGCUAAAGUUUUGUUUUUCAUUUGUCAUAAGCAAACGGUAUGGGCAUAUACAUUGGACGAGAGAGAUAGUAAAAGAGAGCUUUAAACUUAAAUGAAUGGGUUUAGUUGUUUGGGCGUUUGGGUGUGUCCACUUGCAAAUGCUCCCAGUGGUAAGCCUUAAAUAAACACUUCCUUUCGUUAAAUCAAAGUUUUAUUACAUGCAUUUGCUGCGAAAGCAUAGAAGAGCCGCCUGGCUUUGUGACGUACUUUUGGCAAAUAUAAGCCCUCUAUCAACACACACGCAUAAACACACGGAAAUACACUCACACGAUAUAAGUAGUAACGUUUGCUUAAGGAUUUUAUCCAAUUCUCUUGCAAAAACAUGCCUAGUAACCCGAAUUCAGGGGAGGGGGGAGGGGAGAAGGGUACGUCGUACACUUUUUCUUAGAUUAUUACAAAUGCGGAUAUGAUUGGGGAUCUAGUUAUUCGAAAGGAGCGCGUAGAAAAUGAUGAUUAAAAGUAGCGACUUAGCGGCUCAGAGACGGAAAAUCGAGACACGCGGUGAUGAAAGGGGCAACGCAUCGAGCAAAACAGAAAGAGCGCGCAAGCACUGGGUUGUGGUCCGCGUACGAUAGAUUUAGGAGAAAAAAAGAUAAAGAACCCCAAAUCCCAAUCAGUACUGCUGCUAUCCGUUUAAAUUAACAAUACAAAAAACCCUAAUAUUCAAUUUGCAACUACACUACAAACAACUCAAAUACGCGGAAACAGGCGAACACAGUCACAACACACAAAAGAAGAAUUAUGAAAACAAAUGUACAUUAGUAUGGAAAAUGAAAAAUUAUGAAAGGAAAAGUA